AUGUCUUUAUUGAAUUUUCGCAUAAAUAUUGCUACUGUUUUACUUAAAUCUAGUCCACCACCACUUAUCAUAAAAUGUGGUCGACCAUCAUUAGAAUCAAAAUUAAAUGAAAAUAAUUCAACAACAACUUCACAAGCUUCACCAACUUUAGCUCCACUUUCAAGUACACGAUUCGACAAAUAUGAUCAUUGGCCUACAAUAACAUAA